ACAUUGGUGACGAAUGCCCGCCGAUAUUAGUAUUUUUGUGGAGCGAAACCGAAAUCGACCAGUGGCUGCAGUUCAGGCGAAGAGACUGCGCCACCGAUGAACUCCAUUCUAUCAUCUUCAUCCCCAUCCCCUCCAAUUUUCAACCACAAAAAAUCUUCUCUUCCAAUUCUAAUUUCCCAUUCAUUCACUUCUCCUCCGAUUCCCAGAAGCACAUCCUAUUCCCCUCUUCGCGUCUCAUCUUCUUCUUCAGAUAAUCCGGCCAUCACCGUUCCAUCUCCGCCCAAAAACGCCUCUCUCGACACCCUCCAAUCCGCUUCUCAUGUCGUAAGGGACUUUUACCAUGGAAUCAACCGCCACGACCUCGCCUCCGUUGAACCCCUCAUUGCUGAGAAUUGCGUUUACGAGGACCUUAUCUUUUCUCGCCCUUUCGUCGGUCGCAAGGAAAUUCUUCUUUUCUUCAAAAAGUUUAACGAUUCCAUCAGUAAGGAUCUCCAAUUUGUUAUUGAUGAUAUCUCCACCGAAGACUCAUCAGCUCUGGGUGUACUUUGGCAUUUAGAAUGGAAAGGGAAAGAGUUUCCUUUUAGUAAGGGAUGUAGCUUUUAUCGCUUGGUUGAUGUUGCUGGCAAGAAACAAAUAAUAUAUGCAAGAGACAGCGUAGAGCCUGCAUUCAAGCCUGGGGAGAUUGCUUUGACAGCCAUUAGAGGUGUAACUUGGCUUCUGGAACAAUUCCCUCAGCUAGCAGAUCGCCUAUAAUCCCUCUUUCUCUCACCAGGAAGAAUUUAUUAAUCUAUAACAUCCAAUAUUAUUUAGUAUAAAUGUAUAUUUAGCAUAAGGUCAAAUUGUAUAAAUUCUUGAUUGCUGUAUUAGUUUGUUUAAGAGAGAGAAUAUGAUGUCAAGCUUGCAAAGGAGGUGAAAUACAGGUUUUCUCCGGAUCGUAAUUUCAUACCAUCAAUGAAAUUGUUUCUUAUUCAAGAUAUAA